GUCGGCUUCGUCACUUCCAACCCGGCCGAUCCCAACCAGAAGAACAAGCUCUUCACCAAGUACUUGAACCCCGGGGAUGUCUUUGUCUUCCCCCAGGGUCUUAUCCACUUCCAGUUCAACGUCGGCAAGACCAAUGCUGUAGCAUUUGCUGGAUUCGGCAGCCAGAAUCCAGGCACCAUAACCAUUGCCAAUGCUGUCUUCGGGUCGGAUCCUAAGAUCAACCCUGAUGUGCUGGCCAAGGCUUUCCAGGUUGAGAAGAACAUUAUCGAUUACCUCCAGGCUCAGUUCUGGUCUAACUAUAACUAAAACUUAAUUAUGCUUAAGAUACACAAACAGUAUAUGUCGUUUCUUUUUGUAUAAUAAUAACUGAAACAGUCAUAACUGCUUGACUUGGAAAACUGUGUUUCCAAGUUAUAUAUAUGUAUGAUGUUAUGGUGCAAUCUUUGCCCCACAUAAUAAAUAAAAGUCUUCUUGUA